UUUUCAUCGGAUUUGAAUGCUCGGGGUAUAAAUCAUUUGGCGGCGGAUGCACUCGCGCACCAAAUACGCACGUGUUACUCCGAUGGAGGACGUUCCUGACAAAAAUCUCUGCACUUUCACUAUCUCGAAUCGAAGUACGUGAACGAGGAGGGGAAGCAACCGACCGUUCAGAAAAACGGGGAACUUGGUUCGUUUAUUGGCCGUAUCUCAAGGCUGACCCGUGCGGAAGAUGCACACCGGAUCGCACGCACGGACGUGUGUGCCUGACGGAAGUCAGAUGUACUCGCAUACGCUUAGCACCUUUCUGCAUCCGCUUAAGAAACCUGCGGCGGACAGCUUGUUCCGAGAGUCGGUCGAUAAUCUUGGAACACGCGAGUUAUAGUGGCGAACGGAAGCGCGUAUCUGUUUGCGCAACAUACGUAUUUUUAAAGGAGAAAGGUAUCGAAUGCGGCGUAAUAAAUCACGAUUAAAUAAGAAAUGCCAUGAUUUGUCAGCAAAAUCUUACUUGAAGUAUAAGUUUAAUAUUUUUUACCUCAAACGGUUCUUUGUCUUGCGACGAGAAAAAAGAAAUUCUUGGCGACUCUGAUUCUACGAAGUCCAAUCGUGAUUCCUAAUUGGGAAGAAGCUGCUGAAGAUUCAUAGCGAUAGCGAAAGCGUCAGCGAACGAUGCUAUUACAGAAAAAAAUGGUUCAUUGAAACCUUUGACCUUCCGCACUUUCUCCGUAAGCACGACGGCACUUUGCCGCAGGAAUUGUCAUGCUCUUUGAAAUUUGCGGAUGGUUCAAUAUUGGCAAGCUUGUGACCUUUAAAUGGUAUAAGCUGGUUAGGAAAGACGCAAAGUUUAAUAAUUACCGUUAAAAACGUACGAGAGAAGACGGUGAGAGAGAGCUGCAAGUAAAGACGAUAAGGAUGCCUUCGUCCAGUUCGUUUUCCUAAUUGCCGCGGAUUCGGAAAAUUAUUCCGCGUAUACUUAAUAAAAGAAAAUUUAUGUUCCUUAACUGGUGGGACUAAUGACUUUUACGUGUAAAAUUACUCCGAAAAGCAAAUAUCACGUCAUAGUAGCCCAGGGCAUAGCUUCUUGCGUGCUAUCGAUUGCCAAAGAUACAUUAAUGUAAUAUUUCGGAUUAGAAAUUAAGACUAAAAUUGCUAUGCUUAGAAAUUUCAAAGAAAACUUGACAACAUUGUGAAUUAAUGUCCUCUAAGUGCGGAAUUAUUUCUAAGAUAUAUAACUUGAAAUAGUUUAUUAAUUUGGAAUCCUCAAAUCCAUGUACAUAUUUAUGACAAAUAAAUAAUUAUGACAAAUAUUACAUAUCAUAGAUAUUAACACGAAUAAUUUACAAUCUUCAAAUAAUGAAAUAUAAAAAAUUCUCGAUAACUAGACUUAAAAAUCUUUUUUUUUAUACAUCAUAUAAUGUAUUUGUAAUAAGACGAUGUACAUUCUUCAUAAGAAAUAUAAGAUUUGUAUAUUCUCAAAAACAAACACACACGUUUAUUAACUCACUCAAUAAUCUCUUAAUUGAGAAUUAUCUCGUUGAUUGCGUUUGAAUUUCCGCAAUUCUCAAGAUUAGAAAUCGCCGAUCAUGAAAGCCAUUUCAAGUUCUCACAGUCUGCUUAAUAUAACGUGUGACAUAAGAGACGAUUCGCGAGUGUAUACCGUAAUUGGGCAUACCCAGUCGUCAGCGUAAUUAUUAUUAUAGUCAUCCACAAUUAAAAAGAAUUCCCUCCGUAUCAUCCAGGCCGUUUUAUCGAGAGCGAAAUCUAGCGCUCGCGAUCGCUCGUAGAAGCAGGCGACUAGAAUCACCCGCGAGGAGUCUUUACGCCUACUCUCGUACGACGACGAGGAUUGCCUCUGUAGGUGCAAAUAUCGUUCCAUCUACGAGCGAACCGAAGACAACUUUCGCCCUCCAAGGCUGAGAAGAAUCCGCGCGGCGCGGAGCUCAUCGCGCGCGUAAUAGAGACGGACGGACGGUCAUUGAAAAAUAUAAUACCCGGCUCGUUAAUUACCCCGUUACGAGGCACGUACGUAUCUCGGUGUUGAAACGAGCCUCUAAUGGCUAAUGGAUAUCGCGUCUAUAUACCGUCCAGAGACGGAAUUAAACGAGUCCGACCUAUAGAACGGAUAAACGGAUUUACAAAAGAUUCGAGCAAGCGGUACGCUUGUUACACGAGUUUUUUCUUCGAUCUUAAUGAACGUCGCGCGGAAUCGAGGGAGAACGUGAAGUUCAAAUGAACUUAUUGAUACUGCUAGAAGUAAUUAAAUGAUCGUUUAUAAUUUUGCAUAAAUGUGUAAAUCACAAUAAAGUGAUGAAAUCGCUAAUCAGUAACGAGGAACGUUGAAAUACCGCGUUUACGUUUACCAAAGGCCGAGAUUGAACAUUGAGAUAAAUUUUCGAAAUGUCAGAGAUAUUUAAAGAUCAGGCUGCACGCGAUGUUUUUCAGAUCCCAAAGUUGUCGCGGAGGAUCUUUUCACUCUUCUCUGUCUCUCCUGCAAGGCAUCGCGCGCGCUCGCGCGCAGGCGGCGCGCUGCAGGAUGCAUGCUGGCAUUGCGAAAUUUCGAUUGUCGAGGUACGACCUCGAUCUUCGUGCGACGGCGGCAAGUGAAUCGGGACACGCGACUUUUGCUCGUAGACAAAUCCUUCGCAUGCUCCGCGCCGCGUAUCCAUACCUCGGUUUCGACCCGCGGAAGCGAUCUUAUCGCACCGAGAGAUCGACUGGUACAAUUCUACUUAUAACGAAACUCCUCUCCUUGAAUCGGAGCGAUUUCUACCCGAGUAGAUCUUCUGCAGCGGGACCAUUCGUUCGCCCGCUGCUAAUUGCCCGAGAUUAUGCAGCUAACGUCAGAGAAACUCGAGAAAGUUGGACUUUGCGGUUCCGUGAUAUCAAAAGUCGUUUCGACAAAGGUAUCUAAAUGCCGGCGAAGAAUUCACCUCGACCGACGUGCAAUUCUCCUGCAAUUAUCCGACAAAUUUCGCUCAGCUAUUUCAAGUAUCUAACGUCGUUAGUCGCGGAUAAUGGAACGACCUGCGCGAGGCCGCUCGGACGACGCGGCGGAUCCGCACGUUCUAACGACAAGGUGCUUGCUGUUCCGUUGCGCUCCUCGAGUUGCUGCUGGAAUGCAGCACUCCUUCGAUGCACCCUCCAACGAAGAGUGCAACGAGUCGCGAUCUCGCUGGCAAAGGCCAUCAAACGACCGGUCACGCCGAACUUGCGCUAACAGACGAAACGCUCGAGAAACAGUUCUUAUUAAGGAUUUAGAAGCGCCUAAAAAAGAAGUGAAAGACGUGAAAGCGAGACACUCAUGUUACCUGCUUCCCGAAAUUCGCAGCGAAACAAAAAUGAAAAAAGAAUUUGAAUUAAAAUCCUUUUCUAAUAACGUGUCCAGCAGCGAUAACGGCGUAACGGCGAGUUACAUCCUUUCACGCGAAAGCACUUUCAAGUGCCAUUACAAUAAUUGUCGCUGAGAGGCAUCGGCUUCUUUCUUUUAUGUCCAUCGAACACGUCGAUGAUGCUAUCUUACAUUGGCACUCCCUGCGCGGAUGAUUCAAUGCAAUGCGACUUGUCUCUGGCUCACCCGCGCAAUACGAUACUCAUCAUUUACAAAAGCAAUCCAUCACGAGAGUAUGGUCAUACAGAAAGAAUCGGAUAGCGUCGAAUGCAUCGAUCGCUCGCAUGAACGUUACUUCGCGUCCUCUUUCCUAACAUCUCCAGCUUGUCGCAAGUAAGAGCCGGCGUUAAAUCUCUAAACCCAGCGAGCAUCGGGCGGAACGCGCGCAAUGCUCGCGAUCAUCCGCCUUUUACGUCGUUAUCCUUGACAGUUCUCGAAACGGAAAUGAAAUAGAACCUGGAACGCUGCAGAAAUCGCGAGUUCUUCCGUGCGUGAGCAGGCGGACAAUCGCGUCCACCUACGUUAUUAUGCAUCGCGCACGGGAGAGGCUCUCAAACGAAAGAGAGAUGAUAAUGUCUCCCGCUUUCCCGCGUCGCGGUUUCUCUCCGACACCUAGCCAGCCUAUCAGCCUGCCUACCUACGUGAUGGUAAAACGUGUAAGUUAUACGGGAGUCAUCCGCGUACGGUAUGCGCAUACCCACGUAUAAUAUACACGCCGCCGUCGUCGUCGCCUCUGGCUGCUCGGCGAACGAGCCCGAAGUUGCCAGAAGUGACGUAACGAGAGAGACGUUACGUUCCGCAGCGGAGUCCACGCGCGUGCACGUUCUCUCCUCCGCGAAGACCCCUACCCCUUCACGGUUCACCCGGCGGAGGCCUCGUCCUCCCAGAAAGCAUCUUCUCCGCGAGCGCCGCGAGCCUCCUCUUCUCGGGCCCAAACGUUCGCCACGGUGUUGCAGUCGCGUCCACGAGUCCCAUCGCGCAGGUAACGCGGGAGUACGAACCGAAUCCGAGAGCAACCCGAGAGUGAAUCCCGAGAAGAGAACACUCACAGGGCCCGACGGAGAAGAUGGAGUCCGUAAGACGAUACCUCGUCCUAAUCGCGGUGGGAAUACUAUGGAGUUGCGUAUUGGGUCUCCAACGCCCACCGCCGAGAUAUUCUCAGCAGUACAUGCCGGAAACCUCGUUCACCUGUCGCAACAAAAUUGUCGGCAGCUAUUACGCGGACCCUGAGACCGACUGCCAGGUCUUCCACGUUUGUGUAUCAGUGGCUGGCUCUAUUCAAGAUUAUAAGUUCCUAUGUCCGAACGAUACCGCUUUCGAUCAGGAAAGUCAAACCUGUGCGGACUGGUACGACGUGGAUUGCGAAGCCGCGACACUCUACUAUGCCAGCGACAACUUCGAUCUGUACAGGAUCGGUUCCGGCCUCGAAUCCGUACACUACGACCACUUCCGCAGUGAUGCUGAGCCUCAGGACCAUCUUCAGCGCAGCGAGACCAGCGACGCGGUCCGAUCCUCCGCGAACACGGUGAACCGAGUGUCCGCGUCCAGCUACAAUAAUAACCGUGAUUUGUUGCGCGGUAGCAGCAGCGGCAACUUUUACAACAGAAACAAUAAGGAAGACGAAUAUGAGACCGAAAAAUCGUAUAAAGAGGACGUGAAUCAAGACACCAAGAAGAAGGGCGGUGUCCGGAAGGUCAGCAGGAAGCAAUCUUUUAACUCGCCAUCGACUACUACGCCAGCACCGAGCAGUCAGAACAACUACAACGGUAAUUAUUACAAUGGAUACAAUCAACGAUCCACGACGUACGUUUCGUCGACGACCGCCCGGCCUCAAGAGAAUCAUAACAGGAACAAUCAGAACACGCAAAGAUACAACGUACCAUCGUCCACGUAUCGACCCAGCACGACGUAUCCAGACACAUACAGCAGCUACUACCAAUCGCCCAGCACAACUGCCAAAACGACUCUACACAACUUCUUCGUCUUCAAUCCAAAUUACCAGCACAGUACUGGCAGCUCGGUUCAACCUACAACACUGAAACCGAGCAGCUACAAUCCGAAGACCAGUUACCAGACUUAUCAAGGCCAAUUCUCAUCCACCACUGCCCCACCGAGCAGCUACAGUCCGAAGACCAGUUAUCAGGCUUAUCAAGGCCAAUUCUCAUCCACCACUGCCCCACCGAGCAGCUACAGUCCGAAGACCAGUUAUCAGACUUAUCAAGGCCAAUUCCCAUCCACCACUGUCCAACCGAGCACCUAUCAGACCAACGAUUACACCAACUACCAGCAGAGGAAUUACAACAACAUCCAACGAGGAACCAGUAACACUGCGUACCAAUCCUCCACACCCUCAUCUACCAUCUACGACAAUAUUUUUAAUAAUUACAACAACAACAAUAACAACAACAAUGGCCAGUACAGAUCAGCCACAUCCACUAAGCAGGAUAUUCCACAGACCACCGCGAAAUACUUCGCCAACAACUUUGCGAGCAACAGUUAUGCACCUACCACUUACAGCCCGGCGACGAAGAAGUUCGUAAAUGGAGACAAUAACGUGGCGCAGACUGCUUUAAGGAACAACGACAAUCAGUACUACGACAAAACCAGCCAGGUGAACAAGCCUUCCACUCAGUACUACGAUAGUACGAAGACGCCCAAGAAGGCGACCCAGUAUAACAACUACGAUGGCGCGAGCAAAUCGUAUUACAUCGAAAGCAGUACGAGUAGCUUCGAUCUUGGAAGAUCUUCCGUCAUCGGUUUCAGUCCUGCGAGCAUCAACCAUCUCGCCGAAACGCCGAGAACCACUACGCCAGCACCAAGGCGGCCUUCUAGCGCUACUACGUACAACCCAAACAACUUUAGUUCUAGUGCUCAAAGGAAAGGCCAGCCGACGACGACGCCACGUGGAGUUACUUACGUUAGCGCAUCCGCGAGACCGUUUACGUCAACGACUAAAUUACCUAGUAGCAGUAAUAGUAACAGCAACAGUAAUACGACAGCGCGACCAAAAUCGGGCAAGAAGAACGAUUACGAUUAUGCAUAUUACGACAACGGCGGCUUGGAAUACGAUGGAGUCGAUCUCGAGCACGUCACUAGCAACAAGGAGUCCACGAAGAUCGCGAGGAAUUAAACAAUUUUUAUAUCAUAUAUAUGUAUAUCGAAUUUCUUAGACUCGUCAACAAUCAGUGAUCAGUAAAAGUACAAUUAAGGUGCAAACAUCUUUUUGUUGUAUCUAAAUACUUUUCUGGAUAUUUUUUAGCAUGUUACCUUCUGCAACGAAUUUUUGUUUCUACUAAAUAUAUUAUUUUUUAUGAUCUUUAUUCUCCAUGUACAUUUUUAAAAAUACUUGUUCACGUAUUUCAAAUUAGUUUAAUGCUGUUUUAAUAACAUAUAAUAUUAUUAAAACUAAUAAUAGAAAGAUGAAGCACCUAAACAGCUGUACCUUAGAUUGUAGCUAUAUCUAGAUUCUAGCUAUAUCUAAGGAAGACGCUCCUGUUUUAUAUCACUGAUCAAUAGAGAUAAUAAACAAAGCAUUCUUGCGGUAAUGAUAGACGAGAUAUUACCAAGGAAUUUCGAUGACUUUGUAAAUCAACAUUAUAUAUAGUGGCCAGUCACUAUCAAAAUCGGUCUUCGAUUAAGAAUAUUGCACGAAGAUGCGAAGAAGAGAAAUUAUAAAUAUUGAAUACCGAUUUUGAGGAAGAGAAAAAUUGUUGAUCGAUGUCGAUUCACUUAAUACAUAUAUAUUCACUCGAGGUUUGGCGGUUCUUUCGACAUUAUUAACAUGCAAUUUUGUCGUCAGUAUUUUAGGGUAAUUGUUUAUACACACUUUGUGAUACUUAAUCCACACAGUAUUAAGUAUCAAUAUUACCAAUGAAACGGAACGUUAAAACAUUCUGAACAGCGUCAGUAUAAAGCGCAAAUUGUUUCAUCGAUCAAGUAUUCUCCUUUUAUCUUACCUAAAGAAUUUUGUAGAAAGAAACUUCUCGAGCUAAUCAAUUAUUAAUAGCAAUUAUUGUAUAUUGGUACAGUAUUGCGAUAUUAAGUAUAUAGUUGCCGAAUUGUUAAAUUUUUCAUAUUUUUAUACAUGCGUAUCGACAAAAGCCCGCACGAAACGUGUUCAGGACUAAGAUUGUUUUAUUAUUUGCGUCCUAAAAUAUGCGUACUGAGUGUAUAUAUUAUUUUUAUUAAACUAGAAUUAUACAAAACACACAUGCGCAGUGCGCAUGACACUUAUUAUUGCUUCAUUAAAAAUCAAUGCAAUUCACAAACUAUGCAUGCACUAUUGUACUUGCUACUUUAUUCUACGGACAUUGAAAUUGAGCAUUUACAGAUGCAAAAACAGAUGCACAAUGAUAUGCGAAGUUUAUCAUGAUCGUGUGACAAACAAAAUCAACUGUUUGCACCUGCCUGCACUUGAAAACUCCUUUAUUCGUACCCGUUUAUAAUUAUGUUCGUCGAUAUCGUUCGUCGAUCGCAUUUCCUGAUCAUAUAUCUCUCAAUUACAUUUUAUAUGCAAAUACUUGCGCAACACGUAACACGAUAUUUUUUUUAACGUCGUCUAACAAAUAUAAUAUAUGCCUAUACAGAAUUUAUGAAAUUGUUUACCGUGUAUCCAAAGUAAUGAUACUUUUCUUGGUAUUAUAAUAUUCUUAUUGGAUUUCAUUUCAGUAUAUUUUAUAUUUUACUCACGAUGGAAAAUACAAUUUACGAAUUUAUUUCUUCCGGGCAAUGACAGUUUCAACACUAUACUUCUUAUUGGAUUUCACUUUAUUAUUUUAUUUGCGAAGUAAAAUGUGAAAAAAAUAGGAAAUCACGAGAGAGAGAAAGAGAGAGAGAGAGAGAGAGCUCUACAUAACAAUCGCGGAAUUUAUCAAUGCCUACUCAUUAGUCUCAAUAACUAAGUGCUGUAUUGCUUGAUAAUAUGUGGACAAUAUGACAAUUAUAUUGUUUAAUAAAGUGUAAUAAUAAUAAA